ACAAGGGGGAUCAUCAACGUUCCAUUAAACAUUCCUCUCGCGGGACUGUCCGGCCUGAGACAUCGCGAAGUUUCCUGCUAUUUUGUAUUUUGGUGGCAGCAAGCAGCAAGCAGCAACCCGUUGAGGCAAGUCCAAGUAAGGUGGAGACUCCUACUUAACUUCCUGCACAAUAAUCUUGAAGCACUACUAAGUGAGAAGUGGGGACGCUGCUACUGCUGGGGCGAAGGACGAAUGGAUAUACGGCUCACUUUAUCUCUUUCUCGGCAGUGAAUUGACAAAAAACACUUUGUUUUGAUUCAACACAUCUACCUGGCUAGUAGCAAGCUAGCAGUAAGGCUGCUGAAGAGAUUCCCAACGUUUGAUUGCGAGGCGGUGCGAAGGACAGGAAUGGAAGUUGUGGUGGAGUAUGAGUACGACGCACUCCAUGAUGACGAGCUGACCCUGCGACUGGGUGACAUCAUCAAGAAUGUGCGGUAUAUAGAGGAGGAUGGCUGGAUGGAGGGAGACCUCAACGGGAAAAGGGGCCUCUUCCCCGACAACUUUGUUAAGGAACUGAAGAAGGAAUCCAAAGACGUCAAGGAAACAAUGAGUGAGCCAAAAGAGGAAGCCUCUCAGCCUCCGAGGAGAGAGAAGAGUGCAGGAAAUGUGGCCAACCUGGUUCAGAGGAUGAGCACUAUCGGCAUCCCAACUGGUGGCUUCCUGCCUCAGCCACCAGCCGCUGCAAAGAAGCCCAAGAAGAGACAGUGCAAGGCUCUGUUUGAGUAUCAGCCACAGAACGAAGAUGAGUUGGAGCUGAAAGUCGGAGACAUCAUAGACAUCACUGAAGAGGUUGAAGAGGGCUGGUGGAGCGGCAACUUGAACGGCAAGUCAGGACUGUUUCCCUCCAACUUUGUCAAAGAGCUGGAUGCCCUGGGAGAGGAGGGAGACUCAAACGACACAUCAUUAGACGAUGCCGAUGGAGGUGGAAUGGAAAGCACUACCACCCCCACAUCCCCACAACCUGCCUCAGGGAACGGAGUCAUCGCUCAGCCCAAGAAGGUCCGAGGGGUUGGCUUUGGAGAUAUUUUCAGAGAAGGGUCAGUCAAACUAAAGGUCCGACUGCCAAGCCCCGAAACUGAGGAUAAGAAAGAGAAACCAAUCCCAUCAUUACCAUCUGCUGCAAAGCCCGCCCAUCCCAACAUGACAGAGUUGCAGCGAGUGGAUGGAGACAGCAAAUCCAAAGCAAAAGAGUACUGUAAGGUCACAUUUGGUUUUGAGGCUACAAAUGAGGAUGAGCUGACCUUGAAAGAGGGCGAUAUCAUCCACAUCCUGAGCAAGGAUACAGGAGAGUCCGGAUGGUGGCGAGGGGAGAUUGGGGGCAGAGAAGGGGUCUUUCCUGAUAACUUUGUAGCCAUGCUGUCUGAAGCAGACAAAGAGGCUCCCACAUCGAGAGGAUCAGUGAGAUCAUCUCCUAAGCAGGAGUCAGAAGAGAAGCCAAAGAAGCCACCUCCACCAUCAAAAAGCAUAGCCCUCAAGCUGGAGGUUCCUAAUGCCGACAAGAGGGCUCAUUCCAUCAGGCGAGAGGACAGAGCUGACAAGCCUAUUCCAGAUCACAAACCAUCCAAGCCCGCAGCACCGCUGGUGCCACCCAAGAAGCCAGUUCCUCCUCCUGGGAAAGGCAGACCGGGACCAGGAAGCCUCCCACCAAAGAGGCCAGACAAGCCUCUCGCACCCUCGACAAACCUCAAGCACAAUGGAGAGGUGCCUUCCACACGACCAAAGUCCGACUUUGAGCCAUCAUUGCCCAUCAAACCCAAAACACUGUCUGGGGACUGGGGGGAGAAGUCCUCAGAUGUGGACCUGAUGAGUUUUGAUGAGUUGUCGUCUACCUCGGAGAAGCUCUCUCACCCCACUGCUAACAGACCAAAGAUGCCUGGCAGGAGACUACCCGCCCAGUUUGGUGGAGGACAUUCGCCCAAUAAGGAAGUGAGUGUGGAGAAAUCCUUCAAGAUUGAUGAAGAGGAUGCUGCCAAACCAAAGCUAACAGAAACCAGAAAGCCUUCCACAAACACCUUAUCCCAGUCACCGUCACUCCACAGGCUCACCACGGUCAGCACCGAGGCCAAGCCAACCCCUACUGCAGCCCUGAGCUCAGACAGCACAUUGCAGGGCAGCAGGGCACCUGAAGAGCCCAGCUCCCAGCUGGAUGAGCUGAGGAACCAGAUGAAAGAGCUGCUGCUGUCUGUGGAGCUGCUCAAGGCCCAGCAAAUGAAAGAAAUAGCUGAGCUACGAGGAGAGCUGGAUGACGAAAGGCUAAAGCGUGUGGCUCUGCAGAUGGAGAUAGAAAAACUGAAGCGAACUGUCCACUCCACGUGAAGCCCACGUUCUAAUGAACAGCAAGCCUGAAGUUCUGGCCUGCCAACCAACCAGAGAGCAGGAAGGUGGUGAUGGAUGAAUAGUUGAAUGGAUGGGGAGAGGGUGGGGAAUCAGAUGAAACACCUUGAGCACAAUCCUUCUUCAGUGAUCUAUGAAUAUAAACUCUCCCCAUAUUUGUAAGAUUUACAUUUUGCACAUAUAAAACAUUUUCAAGCUAGAUGUAAUUAAGUUACAGAUGUAUAUGUUUCUCUUUUUUCUUUUCACUGUUUUAUAUUUUGCCAAUACAAAAAACAAAACAAAAAACGAGGCCUUACUUCAGACUACUGCGCUGGACUUACAACUCUGCCAUUCCUGCUCUCUCCCUGUCACUCCAGCGUUCUUCGAGCCCUUUAGGGAGGAGGUUUGCUCUCAGUACUACUGACUUGUAUAAAGCAGGGGAUGCUUGUUUUCAUAUUUUUUUAUGGUGCACAAAUAGUCGAUUUUAAAAAUGAGAAAAUGAUAAAUUUCAGUUCACAUCUUUUGAUCCUCAUGGCGUAUGAUUUUUCUUUCCUACACUACGCCUGUCAGCAGUACUCCACUUCAAGGCUGCGGCACUUGAGAGAGAGCUGUGCUUUCAUUUGUCUUUUAUAUGGUUUCUAGCAUUCCUAUCCAGGGUAACACUACUGUGCCUGUUAAAUUCAAAAUUAUAUUAAAUGUUUGUAAUGGGAGCUUACAUAUACCACGAUGGUGUCUGGAAAUAUUGCAGCAUGAUAUUGUAUAUCUAUAUUUUUUAAGUCUACUGACAUGCCUAGUCAAAUAUUAUGUAGAGGGCCUCUUCUAUGCUGGUCUCUUCUAUUUUUGUCAAACUGUUUGACCCGCUGGGAAUGUUCUCAGAGGUUUAGCCAUAGUCAGAGUCUGCAGGUAAUGCACACACAAUCCACAUACAAAAAAAACUACAGAGAAGAGAGGAAGGAGAGGCUGCCCUCUUCAGUUAUCAAGGUUGCUGACCAAUACAUCACAUCAUCAUCUCUGCAACCUGCAUUUAAUGUGGCCAUCAUCCCUCUAAUCCCUGCUGCGGCCCAUUCUGCUCUUUCCUCUCCUUUCUCCCAUCCCUCUCUGAUUCAGAGUGAAUCAUGAUCUAAGAGAGGCCUUGUCUUUCCGCUCUGUAAUGCGUUAUGCAUGAGUAUGCACAGCACUCAUCAGUCAUCCUGUCCUUAUUGUACAUUUGUCUUCUAGUCUGCAUCUCUUCCCACAUUAAGGACACAAGUGAAGCUAACUGGAAGCAAAGAGCAGCAAUAUUAUUGAAAUAAACUUGCAUUCUCCGUAUCCUAACUCUGUUUGAGGAACAAAGAGUUAAAGCCCUAAUGUGAAUUAUUUUUAUGUGAUUGUAUAACCCUUCAAAUUAUUCACUUGGUGGAUGUUUUUUUGUAUGCAAGUUAGUGCAAUCUGUGUCCGCCAGUGGCUUUUCAGCCAUGCUAUUGUCAGAGUUCAAGAAAGCAAUUGCUAUCUGUCUGUCAGCUGAUUGGUCAGUUUUUAGACCUGUCUGAAAUAUAUGAAAUAUAGUCCAAUACCACACUACCAAAAACCUGCAAAAGUAAUGACAUUCCCAUCGGCCUCAGCUGCACUUAUUGGUAAAAACGCAAAUGUUAGCAUGCUUACAGUACACACUUAACUAAGUUAAUCCUUAUAUCUGUUAACAUCUCUGUGUUAACAUUAUUGCCCGACCAACACUUAAUUUUUCAGGCUGAUAGUAAAUAUGUGAAAUUAAAAAUAAAACUAACAACACGUUGGCCUCUCUGAAAUAGAUUUAUACAAACACAUAACAGUUUUCAUAACAAUUACAUUUUUCCAAUUAUGACAAAGACAUGCUGAGUCAAGUAUUCAUAUUGAGUCUGACUUUUUAUAGCUAAAAAAUCCACUCAAACUUAAGUUCUCUUUGCAAACAAACAAACAAAAAGGAAAAGGUCAUGUUGUUUCAAAACAUCUCUUGGAGCAUGCUAGCGUUGAGCUCAAAUGCUAGCAUGGCUGACUUAUAAUCUUGUUUGAUAACAGGCUAAAAUCUACAAAUCCUACACAUUCCAGCUUUAAGAUGAAGCUCAGAACGGGAAAAGAAAUGAGUCGACACUGUACACUGCUGAUUUUUUCUGAAAGCAUUUUCAGUGGUACAGAACUAUUGUUGCCCCUCUGGCUCCUAAUCGCUAUUAAGAAGUGGAUACUUUCCACUGCAGGCAAGUCCAGUUAAUGCAUAGCACGAUGUCAGCUGCUCUAAGUCGACUCUAACUUGUAGCCUUGGGCUCUGAGUGUGGUUCUGAGCUGAUAAACAGCUUAUCUUGGUGUUGGGAUACUUUUAAGAAAGUAACAAGUGUAACCCCCUCUGGUCUCUGUAUGGCUUAGAGGAAGGUUUCAGCUCUGAGUGCUGAUCACAAUAUUUACAGCAGGUUUAAUUUCCAACUCAAAUGUUAUCUAACUGUUUUACAUCUACUACUAUGUACCACAAGUACAGAUUACUGUUAUUCCUUGUUUUCUUUUUCUUUCUUUUUUUUUUUAAAUCUCUUUCUACAUGUCUCACACAUGUCUUAAAGAAGUGUUACAUUGCUUUGAAACAUCAUCAGGCUUCCAUGUGUUCUGUGUGUGCAUGCUUUUGCUGGCACCUGCUAACAGAGUACAUUAUGUUAAAUUCUGAACUCCAGAGUGCUUUGACCUACUUGAUACUGUUUAUCUGACCUUAAUGAGCAUGGCACUCAUGCAAUAUGUUAAUGCCUAACAUAAAACACACUUCCUUUUAGCAUGCAGUUCUUAAACCAUAUGGCUGGGCUAUGAAAUGAUCACAUUGUGGGAAAGAGGGACCAGGGGGUUUGGGUGACAGCUCUUCAUGUAAUAUCCGUAAUACAGCUUAACUUUCACAAAUUGUACAUUCCAGAGUUUGACAUCAAGAGAGGAAGAAAUCUGUGUGCAUAUAACAUUUUUUUCAAGUGAUUUUGUUUACGAGAGCUGUAUUCUUGCAUGAGCUGAGAUUCUUUUCAAAAAUGAAUAAAUAUAAUCUUUAUUUACUGUCACAGA